UCUGAAAGAGCCGCUCUUCUUUGAUGAUUGGGUAGCGGCAAACUUCAAAGCCAUAAAUCUUCCCUCUGACUGGCUGGCGGCCCGGCAAAGUCCUUAUCAAAUUCUUGGAGGUGAUCCCGGAGCGCUCAGACGGGCCGCGGACAGCGCGCGGGGCGGUGCGGGCCGGUGCGGGGCGAGGCCAGGACCGGCCGGGGGAAGAAACUGGGCUGCUCCUCGUCCUCCCCCUGGCCCCUCCAUGCCUCGGCCUUGCCCCUCCAUGCCUCGGCCUUGCCCCUCUCUCCUCCCCUCGCCCCUGGGGGACCAGUAGCCAUGGCCGCGGUGGCCGUCCUCCGCAACGACAGCCUGCAGGCUUUCCUCCAGGACCGGACCCCCAGCGCCUCUCCGGACUUGGUCAAGCACUCGCCCCUGGCUCUCCUGGCCGCCACCUGUAGCCGCAUCGGACAGCCCGGGGCUGCCGCCCCUCCGGAUUUCCUGCAGGUCCCCUACGACCCGUCGCUGGGGUCGCCCUCCAGGAUCUUCCACCCGUGGACCACCGACAUGCCGGCCCACUCGCCCGGGGGCCUCCCGCACCCCAGCCUGGGGUUGACCCCGCAGAAGAGUCACCUGCAGCCGUCCUUCGGGGCGGCCCACGAGCUGCCCCUGACGCCCCCGGCCGACCCCACCUACCCCUACGACUUCUCGCCGGUGAAGAUGCUGCCCUCGCCCAUGGCCGCCCUGCCGGCCAGCUGCCCGCCCGCCUACGUGCCCUACACUGCGCAGGCCGCUCUGCCCCCGGGCUACUCCAACCUGGGCCCGGCCGCCCCGGCCCCGCCGGCCCCGGCCGCGGAGGACCUGCCCUGGUGGAGCAUCGGUCCAACGGGCACCGGGGGUCCGGGCGGGGGUCCCGGACACCCGCCCCCGCGCUUCGCCAGCGCCCUGCAGCGCAACCUGGUGCUGGGCCCCUCGGACCUGGCCCAGUACCAGAGCCAGAUCGCCGCCCUCCUGCAGACCAAGGCCCCCCUGGCAGCCGCGGCCAGGAGGUGCCGCCGCUGCCGCUGCCCCAACUGCCAGGCGGCGGGCGGAGGGCCCGACCCCGAACCGGGCAAGAAGAAGCAGCACGUGUGCCACGUCCCCGGCUGUGCCAAGGUCUACGGCAAGACGUCGCACCUGAAGGCCCACCUGCGCUGGCACACCGGCGAGCGCCCCUUCGUCUGCAACUGGCUCUUCUGCGGCAAGAGUUUCACCCGCUCCGACGAGCUGCAGCGGCACCUGAGGACUCACACCGGCGAGAAGCGCUUCGCCUGCCCCGACUGCGGCAAGCGCUUCAUGCGCAGCGACCACCUGGCCAAGCACGUCAAGACCCACCAGAACAAGAAGGUCAAGGCCGCGGAGGCGGGGGUCAAGCGGGAGGACCCCCGGGACCUGUGACCUCCCCCCCCCCCCGUCCCCUUAGACCCACCCCCAUCUUGGAGAUGGAGGGGGAGAGGGCGGGCACUGGAGGUGGCGUCCACCACACCCCCUUUCCCAUGAGGGCGUUCAAGACCCCCCCCCCCGAGUCGCCCCGGACGCCUGGGUCCGACCCGACGGCCGGGAGGCCUAGUCCCCGGCUCCCUGCAGGUUCAGGGGGGCCGGGACCCCCAGGCUCGGAGGCGCCCACGGGACCGGACUUUGUGUACAGGUUAUUUAAUACUUCGGGUGAAGUUAAAUUGGGGUGGGAGGGGAGUUGGGGUCGGGGGGGAAUGUUCUCUUAUCCUUAGCGCCAUGCGGGGGCUCCAGCAUGAGAUGUCUCUGUAAAGCGACCUGCGACCGCACCCCUUCCAAUAAAUGCAUUGCCACUGGGGUCACCUCGGGAAGAUCCCCGCGCUGCCUCUGCUCCGGUCCUUGCUGCCUAAGGAAGGCUCUGCGAAGCGGUCCGGUUGGCCGACGGCUUGGUCCUCGCUGUAGGCGGGCCGCUGAGGUCCAGCAGGGCAGAGGGGCAGCAGGCCACGGUCACUAGUGGGAGGGCCGGGUUGCCCGAAGUGGGGGGGAAGCUGGCGCUCCGGGGAGGGUCCAGCCGACCUUGCCACCCUGGUGUUUAGAGCUAAAGGCACCCGGGGGUGGCUGAGUGGAAGCCGAAUCCCCCCAACCCCCCCAGAUGUCCCCCUAACAGCCGGGAAUCUAGUGCCACUAAACCCCAUUCCUUGACACGUUCUUACCCGGAUCACCUCCUCCCUUGGGUUUCCGUGUGGGAGGCAGCCCGUUCUCCAAGCCGGGAUCCGGCCCAUCCCGAAAUCCGGCCCCAAACUACCAGGAGCCAAGGCACAAACGGACAGCGUGUGCGGGGAAAACGCCGGAAAACGUUUGGGGGCUCUUGGGUGGGGAAGGGGAGUGCCAAGAGGAGAUUGCACAGUCCAGUAGAGGCCCGACUCGUUCUGCGAGGAAAGAAGGAGAUUCCCGCUGGGCAGAGCUCAGCCAAGUUUAAGCUACAAGAAAGAGCUACAUCUGGGUUUGGCUUUUUGUUUUGUUGCGUUUCUGGGCUGGAAAGGGCACGUUUUCAUUUUUAAUUUCCGUUCUCGCUUGAACACCUAUUCAGGGGCGAUUCUGAGAAGCAUAUUGUUGUAGUCACAUUGCAUGGCCUCGUUGGAAGCUCUAGGCCCCUUUUUCCUCUCGGUUAUUUUUUCAACCCUAAAUGGACUUAGUGCUUCCUCUUGGAGUCCACAACUCAAAUAUCCACGAUACAAGUUCUCACAUCUUGGAAAAGUGACAAAGGGGUACUUGCAUAGGCUGCUUUGAAUUUUUCUAAAACUUUUGAAAAGCACUUCCAGGGGUAUGUGCUGUUCCUGAAGCUGAGCUUCCAUUCUUAAUUGCCUACUUGACAUAUUUUCCCUUUCUGAAUAGGCGUUUGAGUGGAUCCCAGAAUUUAAAAGCGGUGCACCUCCUCACCUUAAGAAUAAAAAAUAAAUAAAAACCAAAUUUCUUGAAUAAGAGAUAAACAAAAACUGAGUUGUUAAUACAUUGCUAGGGGACAGUAAAUGUCACUUUUACCUUGGGCAUUGCAUCUGAGUGAUCAUUUUAAGGGAAGUAACUCCAUUAUAAACCCGGUGGUGGGUUUAACUGGUUUUUAUAGGCUAUUGAUAUGUGCAGCUAAUGAUGAAAUGUUUAAUCAAAGUAAACGAGGUGCCAUUGUGAGAAUAAUCACUGAAUGAAGAUAGUCAUACUGAAAGUUAACCAUGCCAGUAAACCAUGAUUCUCAAAAGCCAUCAGAACUUAGACAAACUGAAUAGCAUGAGAAAUCCACCAGUACGAUUAGCCUUUAAAUUACUUUUAUGCUCCUAAGAAGCAUAAUACACUGGCUAGCCUCUGAGUCAAAACUCUUUUGAGAAUAAUGCAGUUCAUGAGAGUUUUCUCUUUCAGACAUCCUGGAAGAUCUCCCAGAACCAUUUCUUUUAUAAUAAAAGUGAAAUAAUUCUAAUUCCUAAAAUGAUUUUAUUAAGGAAGAACUGUUAGGUAGGUCAGUUCUCUGAAGUCAGCUAUUUUCAAGGAUGAUACUUAUUUUUAACAUUAAAUAUUCAUAAAGUAUUAAAAUUAAACAUUUGAAAGUAAAGAGUUCAGUGAAAGAGACCAUGGUAAAUUGAAUGACUUGAAUGACCAGAAAAACUACAGCCCAUUCAGAAGCAGGGAAAGGUGAUGCUGUUGGUGAUGGAAAUAGAGGAAAAUAGAGGUAGAAGAACUAACCAUAGACCCAAAAUUAUUUUGUGGACAGCAUGUCAGAAAAGGUGAAUUCUAUUUUUAGGAUAUUGAGGUCUGCUAUUCUGUAUUAUCAGUUGUUAGAGGAUAAUGGUUUUCUGCCUCGGAAUAACAAGCUCGAGAUAAGCCUUCUUUGUAAUUUACUUAGAUGGAUGUUUGCAAAAGAGGGUACAAGUAUUUCCUGGUUCUAUCGGCUUCUUUCAAUUGUCUUGAGAUAACUUGGCAGACAAAGUUUCUUACUGAAGUCUGCAGAUAUCUGUAUUCCAGUUAGUUUAAAGAAUUGAUUUUUUUGAAUACCUCAGCCAACCGGGGAAAAGAAAAUGGUUCUUUAUCAUUCAAUUGCUUUUUUUUCCUAGAGGAGUUUGAAUUUUUAUAACUGAGGAAAAGCCUCCUGGUAAAUGCUUAAUAAUAGAAUCAAUUCUAAACACCUGGCAAAAGCAAGAAUGGAUGAGAUUUGGGAAUGUAGGUGGUUGAGAGGAAAUCUUUUUUUUUUUUAUGGGGCCUUCAGGAUAUUUGGAAGUAUGUCAUCAAUGUACCAGCAGUGUGCAAAUAAUGAACAGGUACUAGCUGAGGAUAAAUAGUCCUAUGUCAGAAUAUAUAAUUAAAUUGAAAGGAAAAGAAAUUUGAAAACAGGCUACUGUUGAAUUAAAAUAUAGCUGGUGAAAGUUCUGGUAACUCUUCCAACAUUAAAAAAAUGUUCCAGUAUACUACAAUAAUAGUGUCAAACAAUAAUUAAAUGUGAUUGUUGUAGGUUA